CAGGGCCGUUUUGUAAGGCAUGUCGUACUGCGCCUGCGCACGGUCAGAUUGACCUUCACGAAGUUUCCGCACGGGAUCUGUCAGGACGCCGGUUGCUCUCGUGUUUUACUCAACUUUCUCCGCUUUCAGCGAAAAAACCCUACACCAUGGCCGAUGCAGUUAAGAACGGGAACCCUGAGAAGGGGAAGAAAGUGUUUGUACAGAAGUGUGCCCAGUGCCACACAGUGGAGGCAGGAGGCAAGCACAAGACCGGCCCCAACCUCAACGGUCUGUUCGGCCGCAAGACGGGACAGGCGCCUGGCUUCUCUUACACCGACGCUAACAAGAACAAGGGAAUUACAUGGGCUGAAGACACCCUGUGGAUCUACUUGGAGAACCCUAAGAAGUACAUCCCGGGCACUAAGAUGGUCUUCGCUGGGCUGAAGAAGAAGGGCGAGAGAGCAGACCUCAUCUCCUACCUCAAGGAGUCCACCUCCUCAUGAUGCCGGCCCUGAGACGUCUUCUCUUCCGCCCCUGCUUCUUACUUCUUACCCUCAUCAAGCGGUUUUCUUAAGUAUUCUAUCUCUGAGGACAGAUGAUCCAAACUCAAGGUGUUCAAGGAAUGGGCCAACUUGUUUUGUUCUCCACUUCCUUUUGCACCUUUUCCUUUUAGUAAAUUAUUGCCACGGCUUGUUUUUUAGUCUUCAGGCUUGUUGCUGUACAGAAAUGAACUGAUUGUCUUGCCAUGUAGACAUGCUUCUUUCUUUUUCUCUGGACCCACAAUGGCAGCUAGCUAAGCAAAACCUUUUCGGUUGAUCAAUUCUUUAAUCGGUUUGUUCCUUGAUACUUUUGGAGUUUGAAGUGAGUUUUCUGUAAGGUGGGUCAUCAUGAAGUCACGAACUGAAAUUCUAUUGAAUAAACCUAGAAUUUUCCUGGAAUAAGUAAUAGAGAAAGUCACUUCAAAUUUGUCUUCAUAGGUUGAAUACUAUAGCAGACUGCUUAGUUUUAGAUCGCUGAAAUAUUUUGAAAGUAUGAUAUUGUGCUUUCUCCUUUGGAGUAAAUUUUGUGUGAAUUAAAUUAAUGAAAUAUCAGGAAAAAGUGAAGUUGUUUUAAAUUAGAUUAUGGGCAGUAACAUAUGGCAUGACACAAAAGUGGGGUGGACUAGUAAAAAGUGGGGGUUGGUUCUUUUUUAAAAAAAUAACAAUGGUCCGAAUUUCUGGGACACCAUUCUUGAAUACAAAAUAAUUUUUUCAGUAGAUUUAAAUCAGUUUUGAAAACUGGUUUCUGGAGAAAAAAAUGCAUCUACAUUUCCCUACUAGUCCACCCGUGAAAUAUGGUUGAUAUGAAGCACUGUGAAAUGUGUUACAACAACUGGAAUUCGCUGUUCUUUUCUGUGGUCUCUGUAUCUUAUUUUCAGGAGUGCAGUUUGUCCUUCUCAAGUAUGUAAUAAACAUUUUGCUUGUAGGA